GUUUUGGAUUGAUAAAACACAAUGGGCUUCACCCACAAAACGUCGUCGAGAUUCAUCUGUACCAGCACACGGUUCAGGUCUUUUGAACCAACCAGAAGAUCAACCAACACCUUCUUCCUUGCCACCUUCUUCACCACCUCCACCUUUUACAAGUGAUACAGAAAGUGAUGGAGUCAUAGAUGAAGCUAUAGAUGAUCUAGAUGAAGGCGAUAGGGAUGGAGACGAAGAAGAAGAUGGAGAAGAUUUAUUUGCAGAUGAUAUGAUGAAUGAUUAUGCAGCUAAUCCGAAAUUAGAUCGAUACGAUCCUGCUGCCAUUGAUGAUGAUGAUGAUGAUUUAGAUGCUAUGGAUCCAGAAACUCGUGCUUUGGCAGAAGCUAAGAUGGCCAGAAGAGAUAGACGUGAAGCCAGAGGCCCAGAUGGACGGAAGGGUAAAUCUAGAGUUCCCAAUUUUUUACAGUCAGAUAGUGAAAUGGGUGAAGACGAAGAUGCAUUCCUAACAAGAAGAAGAAGAAGACGUCAAUAUGACGAGAUUGCGGAAGUAGCAGAAGAUGAUCAAGAUGGCGAAGAAGAAGAUGAAUUGCCUAUUGAACAAUUGAGCGAUAUCAAAUCUAACUCUAUGAAAGAAUGGAUUGAAGUACCUGCUGUGAAACGAACGAUAAUGAGAGCCUUUAAAGAUUUCUUAAUGACAUAUGUUGAUGAUAGUGGCACUAGUGUAUAUGGACAACGUAUCAAAGCGUUAGGAGAAGUCAAUUCCGAAUCCCUUGAAGUCUCCUUUUUACAUCUCUCAGAUUCAAAGGCAAUCUUAGCUUGGUUUCUUGCAAAUUGUCCAGCACCUAUGCUUGCACACUUCGAUGCAGUAGCACUCGAUGCAAUCUUACUUUACUAUCCAGAAUACGAUCGUAUCCAUACAGAAGUCCAUGUUCGAAUCACCGAAUUACCAACCUCAUAUACACUUCGAGAACUUAGACAAGAACAUUUAGAUAGAUUAGUAAGAGUCACAGGUGUGGUGACUCGUAGAACAGGUGUUUUUCCUCAAUUGAAAUAUGUUAAAUUUGAUUGUGGUAAAUGUGGGGAAACUUUAGGACCAUUUUAUCAAGAUGCAAAUGUAGAAGUGAAGAUAAGUUUUUGUUCGAAUUGUGGAGGAAAAGGUCCAUUUGCUAUUAACUCUGAACAAACGGUUUAUCGAAAUUAUCAAAAGAUGACAUUACAAGAAUCACCUGGAUCUGUACCUGCUGGUAGAUUACCUAGACAUCGAGAAGUGAUUUUGUUAUGGGAUUUAAUUGAUUUGGCAAAACCUGGUGAAGAAGUUGAAGUCACAGGUGUUUAUAGAAAUAAUUUUGAUGUUUCAUUAAACAUUAAAAAUGGAUUUCCUGUCUUUUCUACCGUACUUGAAGCUAAUCAUAUCAAUCGUAAAGAAGAUGUUUUUGCGUCAACUCGAUUAACGGAAGAAGACGAAAAAGCGAUUCGAGCAUUGAGUCGAGAUGAUAGGAUUGGCAAACGGAUUAUCAAAUCAAUCGCUCCAUCAAUUUAUGGACAUGAAGAUAUCAAAACUGCUUUAGCACUAAGUCUUUUUGGUGGCGUUUCGAAGAAUAUCGGAAACAAGUAUCGUAUAAGAGGAGAUAUUAAUGUAUUGAUGUUAGAGAAAACUGCACAUCGGGCUGUUUUUGCUACUGGUCAAGGUGCUAGUGCUGUAGGUUUAACGGCAAGUGUGAGGAAAGACCCAGUAACACGAGAAUGGACACUUGAAGGAGGCGCAUUGGUCUUGGCGGAUAAAGGUACAUGUCUCAUUGAUGAGUUUGAUAAGAUGAAUGACCAAGAUAGAACUUCGAUCCAUGAAGCUAUGGAACAACAAACUAUCUCUAUCUCCAAGGCUGGUAUUGUCACCAGUCUUCAGGCUCGAUGUUCGAUUGUUGCAGCAGCCAAUCCGAUUGGUGGCCGAUACAAUUCACAGAUACCUUUUUCUCAAAACGUACAGCUUACAGAACCAAUCUUAUCGAGAUUUGACAUCAUGUGCGUGGUACGAGACAAUAGUGAUCCGAUUGUGGAUGAACUAUUGGCCAAGUUUGUGGUUGGAAGUCACUUGCGUAGUCAUCCUGAUUUCUCACCUGAAGUGGAUGAGGUUAAUGUUCAGACUUCUCUUGACCAAGACAUCAUUCCUCAAGAUAUGUUAAAGAAAUAUAUUCAAUAUGCAAAAGAAAAAGUUAGACCGAAAUUACAUCAAAUGGAUCAAGAUAAGAUGGCUAAACUAUUUGCCGAAUUAAGAAGAGAAUCUUUAUCAACUGGAUCAUUUCCAAUCACCAUUCGACAAUUAGAAUCUAUGAUUCGAAUGUCAGAAGCAAGUGCGAAGAUGCAUUUAAGAGAAUAUGUUAGAUCAGAUGAUAUAGAUCGAGCCAUUCAAGUGGCUAUCCAUAGUUUUGUUAAUGGACAGAAGAUGAGUGUUAAGAAACAAUUAGAAAGAGGCUUUAGGAAAUACUUGAGAAUUAAAGAAGAUAAUGAUGAAUUGAUUGGAUUCUUAUUAGGUCAAAUCGUUAAGGAAAAAUUAAGAUAUCAAAUGAAUAAAUUAAGAGGAUUAGUUGAGGCAGAUGAAGUUGAACCACCUGAAACGAUUGUAGUGAAAGUUUCAGAAUUAGAAGAAAGAGCUAAGGAAGUGGAAAUUUAUGAUAUCGGACCUUUCUUGAAGAGUCAGUUAUUCAAAACUAAUGGAUAUUCAUAUAAACAACAAGGAAAUGAACCAGUGAUUGUGAAAGACUUUGGAGCCCCUUAAGUCAAAAUCGAUUGAAGUUUUGAUUCUCUGUGAUCUUAGUAUAUUUGGGUAGUAAGCAAACAAGCUUUUCAAGUUUCAUUUCAUCGUUUAUUAGUUUUCUUUUUUUUUGGUAGGAAUUCAUAUUAUUUGAAAUGUUUUCAUUUGUCAAAUUCUCCUGUUUGAAGCUCAUUUUAGAAUGCUGCAUGAUGUGUUUUGUUUACAUACAUUCUUUUUUUGUGUUGAUGUGUUCUUUUUGUUGAUGUGUUCUUUUUGUUGAUGUGUCUUUGGGUUAAGGAACAAUGAUCAAGUGGUGAUGUAUACCUU